AUGGCGGCCGCCGAACAUGCGAUAGCAAUCAAUGAUGAUAUUUCAAUGGAGUUGCCUACACUUCCGCCCAACCAGGGCCUUGAGGCCUUUAAAGAUAUCGUGUUUGGGUCGGCUGCAGGAAUGGCAGGCAAAGUGAUCGAGUACCCUUUCGAUACAGUCAAAGUGCGGCUCCAAUCUCAACCGGAUCAUCUUCCUCUCAGAUACAAAGGCCCCUUGGAUUGUUUCCGUCAAUCCUUCCAAGCAGAUGGCCUACGCGGGCUCUACCGGGGCAUUAGCGCUCCCAUGGCAGGUGCUGCCAUUGAGAACAGCUGCUUGUUCUUCAGCUACCGUCUGAUCCAGGAUAUAUUGAAGGCCACUGUCUACUCCCCUGCCGAUGACCUCCCUUUCUCGGCACUGGUGUUCAGCGGCGCUGCGUCGGGAUCUAUUACCUCCCUUGCACUUACCCCGGUUGAGCUUAUCAAGUGCAAGAUGCAAGUCCCUGUUACGGCGUCUGGCGGAACCCCCCCUGGUCCAUUGACUCUGAUAGCCACUGUCUUCCGUCAAGAUGGUCUCCUUGGCUUUUGGCGCGGACAGUUGGGAACACUUAUUCGCGAGACUGGUGGCGGCGCUGCAUGGUUCGGUGGCUAUGAGGGGGUAUCUGCACUGUUCCGCGCAUACCGUGCCCCAUCUGCAGAGCUCAAGGAAGAUGGAACAUUCUCUGAUUCCAUUCCUAUCUACCAGAAGAUGAUUGCAGGUGCCGCAGCAGGCGUCAGCUACAAUUUUCUCUUCUAUCCUGCCGAUACGAUCAAAUCGCGCAUGCAAACAGAGGAUGUUACGCGAGGAGCAUACAACGGCAAACGACAGACAUUCUGGGGAGUUGCAAAAGCCUUGUGGAGACAGCAAGGACUAAAAGCUUUGUAUCGAGGCUGUGGCAUUACCUGCGCUCGAUCUGCCCCCAGCUCCGCCUUCAUCUUCACCGUCUAUGAGGGACUACGGAAUCAUUUUGCCUGA